AUGGCUUCCUCGAAGCAUUCUUCUUCUUUGUCAUCACUAAACCCAGAGCUACUCGAAGAAAUAUUCCGAAGGGCUCAGGCGGAAACUCUGAUCCGGCUAAAACCAACUUGCAUGCAGUUUAACUCUCUCAUCUCCAACAUUCGAUUCAUCUACGAUCACUUUGAUCACUCUUCAGAAAGAUUCAUACGAACCAAUGAUACCACCGUACGUAUCAUGGACCCGGUGACCGAAACACGCUCAGAUACACCAAUCCCAGACGAAUUUCAAGAACCAAACAGAGUCCAACCUAUCCUUCACUGCGACGGGCUCAUUUUGUGUAUCCGUCGUGAUCACUGGCAAAUCAACCAACCAAGACGCCCUCAGAUAGCUAUAUGGAAUCCUCUUUUGAGAAGAGUCAAAUGGAUCAAUCCCUCGCAAUGUUUGUCGCCUAACAGUGUCUACGGAUUUGGAUACAAGUCUCGAGAGGAAGGUUACAAGAUCUUGCGGUUUUCCAAUAGCUGGUUUAAGGUUCUUGAAGGUGAAACACAGGUUGAGGUUUAUGAGUUGGAGAAUAGUUCAUGGAGGACUCUUGAUCAUGUCGAGGUUGAUGUGAGAGUAGAUAGCAAAGGUGUGGCUGUGAUGGGAAACAUGUAUUGGUUGGCUGAGAAUAAGAGCAGCAUUCUAGGGUUUAGUUUCACUUCAGAAACAUUCAAGGACGUCUGCUCAUGUCCAGCUUUCUAUUUCGGUGAUAGUCGUUACUUGAGCUGUUUCCGUGAAGAUAGAUUGUCUUUGUGUGAGGGAGCUGAAGGAGAGGGUGUUACGUUCUCUACUUACGGCAUUAUUUAUGAAGUUGAAGAGGGUGGGCUCAAAAACCAAACUGAGACUGAGACAGAACGAAUCUAUGGGCGUGUAUGGUACCCCAUCUUUUGUGGCCAUGUGUAUGCUCCAAGUUUGGUCCCUCUUCCUUAAUCAGACGUGUGGAUGGAUGGGUGCUGAUAAGAAAUGUGAAUAGGAAGAAAGAUCGAGGGUAUGUGUCACAUUGCUUUUGGUUGUUGUCUUACCAUCUUCUCAAGUUUUAGGUUUUUAGCCAUGUGUGUAUCAUACUUGUUGGUUAAGCAAAACUAAUGGAAAGAGCUUUCUGCCUGAUUUUGCAAAAACAGUUGUUGUGUAGCAA